AGAAUAAGUAGAACAGCGCUUUCAAAAAUAUUCUCACAAGGUAAUAUUUUUCAAUUACUUCACUAGUUGCCCCUAUCACGUGAUCUUCUCUGAUAAACUACUUGGGAUAUCUGUAAAGUGUGGUUCACAUGGCUCCUUGUGGGUACUAAUUUCAUAUAUUUAUUAAGGGAAAAAAUUGUACAUUUACUUCAAAGGUACAUACUUGGGGUCUUCCUAUAGAUAAUUGUCUUUAUUGGGCACAUCAAGGAUGUUCUAUUUAGCUUUACAAGUUGCUACAGUUGCGGCUAUUAUAGGAUUGACUUUCAAACAGUUUAAAGGAUACAAGAGAUGGAAAAAUGGAUUCUUCAUACUAGCACUUGUCCUUAUGUGGGUAGGAUUAACUCCAGAUCGUGCACUCGCAAGUGCUCCCAUACAACUUUUCGGUCCCUCGAGGAUUGCAUUCUAUUCGUGUAGCGGCCAAAUCAACUCCAUUGCAACCUUUUGUGACCAAACUGAAUCAAGUGUUGGAAAUGAUUGCUUCUGUAAAAAUAAAUAUGCACUCGCCACUAUAGCCCACUGUUAUGCCACGGCACAUGAAGAUCAAAUCCCGGGGUUUUUGAAAAUGUGCAGAGGCUUUAAUGUAUCUAUUUCAGAAUCUGAAUUUGCAUAUGCCGCUCAAGCUUAUCAGAAUUUUGCAAAGUUCCCCAAUGAGAUUAUGGAUUUUAAUCAAACAAUGCCUGUAAGUGUACCCAUUCGAUUAAAUGAUUCGGUGACGUUACUAUAUAAAGAUUCAUACGGUGCAUUCUUAGAAAAUUAUGACAAUUCGUCUAUCUAUUCAAGCAUACUAAUCUCGUAUUGGUUCUUAGUAGUGGCAAUUGCAACUAUUUCCAAUUGGAGCAAGGUAUUGUUGCCAAAUUUUGUACAAAAGAACCUCAAUGGUAGAUUGUCGAAUUCUUUUAGACGAUACAUAAGUUUGCCAGCUACUUGGGGUAAAAAGAAGACUGAUGAAAAGAAAUUUGGGAAAUAUUUUGACUUUUUGGUACCUACUCGCUCAGAGACAAUAAUUAUUGGGGUCUUUGUUUGUCUCAUGGCCAUUGUAAUUCCAUAUGACAUACGGUAUUAUGAAAAUGAUAUCAUAUUUAAUAGUAAGCAGCAGGCUAUAUUAAGAGCUUAUGCGGUCAGAACUAGUGCAAUUGCCAGUAACUUAAUGCCGCUUUUAAUUUUAUUUGGUGGUAGAAAUAACUUCCUCCAGUGGCUCACUAGAUGGGACUACUCAACAUAUAUUACUUUCCAUAGAUGGAUAUCCAGAAUAGUGGUAUUGUUAAUAGUCGCUCACGCCAUUUUGUACUCGUUCUAUUUAAAGGGGAACUACGUGGAAGAGAUGUUGCAACCAUUCUUGAUCUUAGGAAGUCUUGCGUGUAUUGCUGGAGUUGCUAUCUUAAUACAAGGGAUCCUUAUCUUGAGACGAAGAUGGUAUGAAGCUUUUUUGGUUAUUCAUAUCAUCCUUGCCGCAAUAUUUAUUGGUGGUGCAUGGUUCCAUGUUAAUGAAAUUGCAUUUGUUUGGUUUUAUUAUUGCUCAGCGGUCAUCUGGGUUUCUGAUAGAGUUGUUCGUAUUUCAAGAAUAUAUUCUUUUGGUUUCCCUAAUGCUAAGGUGUUACUUUUAUCUGAUGAAUGUUUGAAAGUUGUCAUCCCAACUCCACGGGAUUGGAUUUCUGUUCCUGGUGGGCAUGUUUUCAUUCAUUUCUUGAGAUCAGGUUACUUUUGGCAAUCCCAUCCCUUCACUUAUACUAAUGCAAUUCAUUCUGAUAAUAAAAUCAUUUUGUAUUGCAAGGUUAAGGGUGGAGUUACUCAAACAAUAUAUGAGGAACUAAUAAACACUCCUCAGCGAUCAAUUAAUAUGCGAGUAGCUGUUGAAGGAUCUUAUGGUGAACCCACUCCUGCAAGUAGAUAUGAUUCUGCGAUUUUCAUUGCUGGGGGCAACGGUAUCCCAGGUAUAUUUGCUGAAGCUUAUGAAAUGCGUAUGGCGUCAAAUAAUCUUAAACAACGUGUGAAGCUUUACUGGGUUAUUAGAGAAUUUAAAUCGUUGUAUUGGUUUUAUGAAGAACUUCUUUCUCUAAGGGACACUGGUAUUGAGGUUAUAUGCUAUGUCACAGCCCCUGAUAGUGAAAGAGGAGCUGAAGAUUUUGAAAAGCGAUUACUAGCUGCGGAAGAAUGUUUAAAUGAAGGCGAUAAUUUACUUGAUGUUGAUGUAUCAGAAGAAUCGGUUAAUGUAUCAGAGAUAAUAUCUAUUGUGAAAACCGAAUUAAAUCAUAUCCAAUUCAAAGAGGGCCGCCCUAAUAUAGAAGAGAUUGUGGCUUUAGAAAUCCAAGAAUCUUUUGGGUCAACAACAUUUAUUACUUGUGGGCACCCAGUCAUGGUUGAUGAAGUUCGUGCGGCAGUGGUGCAAAAUAUUGGCCAGAAAAGAGCAGAUUACUUUGAACAACUUCAAGUUUGGGCAUAAUAGUGUAUAGAUACGGUUACGGGAU